AUGCAAGCACAACAGUCCAGUAAAUCACAGCCAACUUCUACAACCAGCUCAGCUACAUUUGAUUUAUUGGGUGACUUAGGAGGAGACCCAUUUGCCAGCACACCUCCUUCAUCAAAUGCAUCUUCUGCUGGUAGCUCAAUUGGUAAAACACCAGGAUUGGAACCUCAAGGUGGUGGAUUUGCUGAUUUUAGCCAAUUCAGUAGCCAAGCAUCUACACCAACUGGCUCCAAUGCAUUCUCACCAACUUCAAGUGCACCACUUCAACCAUUAGGAAUGACAGGACCAUCAUGUACAGUUUCUAAUGGAGGUUUUGCAGCAUUUCCUCAAUCAUCAACAGCCCCAGCUUUAGCAAACACUCAACCACCAAGCCAGUCAAAUGAUAAGUAUGCAGCUUUGGCUGAUUUGUGUAAUGUAUUUAAUGAUAAUACUAAUGGAGGCAAUGGUAAUACUACAGGUACUACAGCUAGCCAGUCUACAUGGAACAUAAGCAGCAAUUCUAGCAGUACAGUUCCAACGUCUAUUAACUGGGGAGGAACUGGAGGAGGCAUCAGUACUCCUGUUGUAACCAGUGGUAGUGGAGGGUUUGGGUUUGCUUCCGUCCCCACCACUAGUGGUGCUCCAAUAGACUGGGCUGGUCAAACAGCAACUGCAGGACCUACCAAUAUGAACUGGGGGCCUCCCACAGGAGUUGCACCACCACAGUCAGGAUUUGGAAAUGCAGUUCCUAAUCCUUUUGGUACUGGAGUAUUUGCUCCAGCCCCUGGAGGAGUUGGUGGGGGUAAUCCAUUUGCAACUGCAGGUACUGGCACUGGAGGAAAUGGUACAAACUCAAUAUUUGGAACUCAGGCACCCCCAAACUCAAAUGCAGGUUUCAACCAAUUUGGCUUGCAAAAUGGAAACUUUAAUGCUAUGUCACCCCAAACUGCUGGAUUUGGUGGUAUGCCUCCACAGACAGCAAACACAUUUGGGGCACCAGGACCAAUGGAUAAAUUUGGGGGAUUUGCAGCAGUUCAAUCUGUCCAAGGCUUUGCAACUGGUUGGGGACAGAAUUCUACUCCAUCAGCUAAUCCUUUCAUGUCUGCUGCCACCCAACAGCAAGUUCCUCCUCGAAGCAGUUCAACAAAUCCUUUCUUGUGA